UUACAUGUACUUGCUCACUCUCAGGCCUGUUUCUUCGAGGGUGUGUGUGAGAUGAAAAAUAUCAGAGAGACCACCAGUGAGCAAACCCCCAUUAACUCACUUGGAUCCAUAUAGGCUGGUUCUGCUGCAUAUAGUGGACUUUAAAAUUCAACACAAGUAUGGGUGGAGAAAAGCUGGUGGCUUGCAUGUUGGUCACUAUGUCAAGUCUGACACUAAUGAGGUCAGUGUAUGGUCAGCACAUGCCAGAAGAACCGUGCUCGGUCCAGAUCAUCAUCCCUGGACUCAAAGGUGAAGCAGGAGAGAAAGGAGAGAAAGGAUCACCCGGGAGACCUGGGAGAGUAGGGCCACCUGGAGAGCCCGGUCCUCCUGGAGUCAAAGGCCAAAAAGGUAGUGCUGGACGUUAUGGGAAGAUGGGUCCAGCUGGACUCAAAGGUAUAAAAGGUGAUAUGGGAGAUCCAGGACCUAAGGGCCCAAAUGGAGAGCCAGGCGUCCCCUGUGAGUGCACACCCUUACGGAAAAUGAUUGGGGAAAUGGAUAAUCAAGUGACACAAUUAACCAAUGAGCUGAAGUUCAUUAAAAAUGAUCCUCAUUUUUCAGCCCUGCCCUCCCCCGCAGCUGUCGCUGGCAUCAAAGAGACAGAAAGCAAGGUCUAUCUGCUGGUGAAGGAGGAAAAACGCUACAGGGAUGCGGAGGUGUUUUGUCAGGGGCGAGGUGGACACCUGGCUAUGCCCAAAGAUGCGGCGGCUAACAGAGCCAUCGCUGGCUACGUCACUGAAGCUGGCCUCAGUAGAGUGUAUAUCGGCAUUAAUGACCUGGAGCGAGAAGGCCACUUUGUGUAUGUGGAGCGUUCACCCAUGACCACUUUCAGCAAGUGGAGGGGGGGCGAGCCAAACAACGCUUACGAUGACGAGGACUGCGUUGAGAUGGUGUCUUCAGGCGAGUGGAUUGAUGUGGCUUGUCACCUCACUAUGUACUUUGUGUGUGAGUUUGACAAGGACACAGUAUGAGCUUCACUGUCAAUUCAGACAUGUUUAAAAUACUCCGGUAUUAAAGAAGGCUGAAAUUUCAGUGAAAAAGGUACAGCACUUCUCUGUUUUGUCAUCUUUGACAACAUUUUAAACAGUGACAGCAGGGUGACAUGCUAGGCGUCGUGUAAAACUGUUUAAAACAACAUUUAAGUAUUAUUAUUUUACACUGCAGUUCAAACGUGUAGGGUCAGUAAGAUUUGUAAUGUUUAAGUGCUCACCAAAUCUGCAUUUAUUUGAUCAGUAAAAACAGAUAUAUAGCGAAAUAUUAUUACAAUUAAAAUAGCUGUUUAAAAUAUUUAAAAAUGUAAUUAAUUUUCUGUGAUGGCCAGGUUUAAGUUUUAGCAGCACUGUCACAUGAUCCUUCAGAAAUCAUUCUUAUACGCUGAAUUGCUGCUUAAGAAACAUUUCUUAUUAUCAUCAGUGUAUCAAUGUUAUCAAAGCAGUUCAGUAUAUAAAUGUAAUCAAAAUAUUUUCGAGGAAACCAUGAUACUUUAGUAAAUAGAAAGGUCACAAAUAUAGCAUUAAAAAAAUUAAAUAAAAACAGAAAUCAACAUUAUUAUUUUGAUCGAUCUGAGGUGUUUUCCAAAAACAUUGUUCGCUAACUAUGGUUGCAAGUUCCACUGAGCUCUAUUGCUAACAACAGACCAUAGUUGCUUUUGGGAAACACACUCUGAUGUGUCCUUACUGAAUAAAUUCUAUUAAUUUAAUUUAAAAAUAGUCAUAAAAUGCCUUACCCCAAAUUUAUGAAAAGUACUGUACAUGCAUUGUGAAAAGUGGACAUCUAGUUUACGAAACUACAUUUACUUGUAAUCAGUUAAAUAAAUGAACAAUAAGACUUUCUUAUUACCUUAUUAUAUUUCUGAUUUCACUGAUUUAACCUUUUUCUUGCUUUUCUCUUUUACUACCUUUCUUUCCUGCCAUUUGAAUUUGAAUUACUUGGUUUAUUAUUAAUAUACUGAAUAGGUCAUCGUACUCAUAGAACAAGUGUAGCUAACGAACAGAUUUACAUAACACACAGUCUUCUAGACUGAACUGUAGUGUUAAUGGUCAAACACAAUUUAUUCUCCUCGGUAAAAUGACUUAAAUGGCUGUCCCAGUUUACCAGUAGUACAUCAUCCCAUUUAUUUAAUACAUUUUUGGCAGAAUGGGACAGUGUCAAGGUCACACAAAAAAAAAAAAAAAAAAAAAAAAAAACAAAA